CACAAAUAAUCUACACGAUCAACAAGCACGAAGCCCAAGGACCAUCCUAUCCCGCCGCCGCCCCGAGCCCCCAAUACUGGACUUGAAGGUGCCACAACUGCAACUACGACUUUUACCCCAUGGAUUGCACCCAGAAAUGCCUGUCCUGCAGUCACCGACUCUGCUCAACAGGCUGUACCACACAGUUUGAUCACCGCGGCUGGGCAGCCCGGGGUUCCUACAGACGAACUGUCGCCGCUAAUAGUAGCGCUGGCGCGCGUGAGAGUACCAACUGGACAGCUUCCCGGAAGAGAAAGCGGAGCAUUGACGAUGAGGAGUUAGGGGCUCGAAAACAUGAUGACUCGGAUCCUUUCGCCUGGUUCAAGCUAACCACCAAAGAAUGGAAGCGCAGGAAGAAUAGUCGACUCUCCAGUCUGAAGCCCUUGUGGAAGCCGCUGCCCGAGACUGCAAGCAACGAGGUAAGCCGUCGCAAGAGUGACAUGCAUCUCCAGGGCCGGUAGUACUGUUGGCGCCAUUGCGAUUGUCCAGGGAAUGCUUUUUACGCUAAAGUCUUCCCCAAUCUCAACUGAAGGGUAGGCGAAGAAAAAGUGUGAAAGUGCUUGCAAGAGCGCGACGCUGGCGAGUUCUGAGAAGGGGUACUGACAACCCCUGAG